GAAUGAAAAUGAACCAUGAGUCAGAGAUGAACAAGAUCAGCAAAAAUGUGCCAGUUUACAAAUGAAAUAAUAAGAGAAGCAUGGAAGAUGAGCAUGUUGCACUGCUCCCAUAGACAUGAUAGAAGUCAUGCGGUUCAGAAAAAAGCAAAAUGUAAUUCUUUGUCUACUUGGUGUAGUUUUAUUGACAACCAUAGUACUGAUAGGUCAUUUCAAUGAUCUAGAAAAUACUGCAAAUUUGAACUUUGUCUGGAAAGCCACUUUCCCAACACUGGAGUAUUUUGAAAAAUCUAAAUCAGAUCAAAGAGUUUAUCUUCAAGAUCUUGGUGUGACAGGGAAAAGAGAUAUUUCAACUACAUGUCAGUUUCCUAGACUGUCUCUUUAUAAUGAUGCAAAUAAAGACAAAUUUGAAACUUUGGACCCUUUAGUUUGCAGCUAUGGUAAAGACUUAUUUAAUUUGGAAAAUGGGAUUGUGAAACUUAACAAAACUGUUUUAAAGACAUCCACUGAUAAUGCAAAGAUAGAAAAAUGUGAAUAUUUAGCAAUAGAGAGGGUACAUGAUGACUACUUCACCUAUACAGAACCAGUUGUAAAAGAAAAACAUCCAUUUGAUAUGAUCAUUCAACAUGAUUUCAUACAAGUAAAAUGUAACUUAUUUAACCCUGAGGAAGAGGCUGCUAAAAUCAGGGUAAAUAAAACAACAGCUAGAACGUCUAGUGAUUUAAGUGAAGUUACAGAUAUUGAGGAAUGGUAUAGACAGGAUAGUCCAUUCUUGUAUCAGGAAGAUGGUAUGGGCAAAGAAGAAAAUUUUGACUUCGAUCAAUUCAUAGUUCAAAUAUACCCAAAACCAGAAGUUCUGAAGAGAAAAAGUAGUGUACCAUCUGACCCUGGAACUGGACUAAACGUUCUUAUUAUAGGUCUAGAUUCAUUAUCUCAUUUGUCCUUCCAGAGACUACUACCAUUGACAUACAACUUCUUCCGUGAUGAAUUAGAUUUUACAAUACUAAAUGGAUAUAAUAUUUUAGGUGAUGGUACAACAGCAAAUGUGAUUCCCUUACUCACAGGUAAAACAGAAAUGGAACUUCCUGAGGUUAGGAAACAUAUGUUUGAAUCAGGAUACGUGGAUAAGUACCCAUUUAUUUGGAAAGAAUUUGAAAAGCAUGGAUAUGCAACAGUAUAUGCAGAAGAUGAACCUUCUAUUGGCACAUUUAAUUUGAGACUAAAUGGUUUUGAUAAACCACCAACUGACCAUUACAUGAGACCUUUUUGGCAAGCUGUGUGGCAGUCAACUUUACGUGAAAUCAGUCCAAGAUAUUGUACCGGUCAUACACCUCAUCAUCAUUAUUUACUAGGAUAUGUAAAAGAUUUUUUCAUCAAAUAUAAAAGUAUGCCAAAAUUUGCCUUUCUAUUCAUGGCUGAAUUAACACAUUGGAAAAAUGAUCCUGGUCAACAUUUAGAUUCAGAUUUAAAGAAAUUUUUCCAAUGGUUCAAACAUUCUGGUGAAUUAGAAAAGACAGUUGUCAUAGUGAUGGCAGAUCAUGGUGCUAGAUAUGGGAAAGUAAGAAGUACUGUUCAAGGAAAAAUUGAAGAACGAAUGCCAAUGAUGUCUAUACGAUAUCCUAUUGAGUUUCUUGAAAAACACCCCAUGCUGUUAAAAAAUUUAAAAUUGAAUAAAGACAGAUUAGUGACACCAUUUGAUAUUUAUGAAACUGUUGCAGAUGUGUUAGAUAAAUCAAGAUUUUCUCCUUCAUCACCUAAAAAAUCACACAGAAUAAGCUUGUCACAAGAAAUUUCAUUCAAUAGGACUUGUAAAGAUGCCCACAUAGACACACAUUGGUGUUCAUGCUUGUCUAGACUUCAACAACAUAUUGACAAUGAAUAUGUCAAAAAGAUAGCUGAUAAACUAGUUGCAUAUAUAAACAGAUUAACACUUCCUGUUAGAAAACACUGCAGAAAACUGGAGCUGAAAGAAAUAAAGUCAGCAUAUCUAAUGAUUCCAAAUGAAAAGGUAUUGAAGUUUCUACGUGAGAAAGACCAGGAUUACAGAUAUGCCAAUUUCAGUAAACAAGCUUUGUUAGACAUAGCUCAUUAUGAGGUUACCAUAGAAACUAAUCCUCAGAAUGGACUAUUUGAAGCAACUGCAGUAGUUAACUUUGAAGAAGGAAGUGUAAAACUAAAUCCAGAUAUAAGUCGAUUAGACUUAUAUGGUCAGCAACCAUUAUGUGUUCAGAAAAGAUAUCCUGACUUGAGGAAAUUUUGUCUGUGUAAAAAUUUUAAAUUAUCAGAGGGAAUUUAAUUAUUAAUUACAAGGGGAAAAUAUAUUUGAAUCUCCAGGCAGCUAAAUAUCAUAUAUUAUAUUAUUUAUUAUGUUUUAUGAACAAUAUUAGGGGAAUUGCAGAAAAAAUAAUUUAUGUAUCUGUCCUUCAUAUCUUUUAUUUAUAAUUCUUUUCAUUGGAAUUACAAUAAAAAGCAUUAUAGCCAAUUUCGAAAAUUAAACUACACAUGAUCACACAUAUAUAAAAAAGAAAAUGUGGUAUGAUUGCCACAAGAGACCAAAAUUUAUACUUGUAUGCUUAUAAGCUUCUUAAUCAAUAAAUGUAAAAGGUUUGUUUCUUUUGAUUCUGAACUGAUUUAUUUAAGUACAAAGCAUAUUUUUUUCUAAAAGUUGCUGCAUUAUGUAUUAAUGUGAUAUAUCUGGAUUUGACAUUUUAUUUAUAAAAAUAAAAUAAUUACUUUUUAAACACAUUCAUAAUGUUAAAAAGAAUAAUUAAACAACAUGUUGAUCCAAAUACAUUUUCAUAUUAAAUCUACACAUACUGCAACAUCUUUAUUCUAGUUGAUUAAAGUUUUUGGUAGUAUAUAUUAGAAGUGUGAAUUAAAUUAUAAUGAUGUUGACCUUAGUUUUACCAUUUUGUUUUGUACUCUAAUUUGUCGUGAAAUUACAAUAUUUUGACAUUCAAAUAGAAUAGUCAACAGAUCUGUGCCAUGGCUUAACCAUUUUGAAUUAUUCAAAUAUGUAGAAUUUAGAAUUGUUACUGUGAUCAGUCCAUAAUUUUAGUUUGAAUCCAUUAAGACAAAAUUGUUAAUUUUUCUUUUUGUUUUUAAACUAUACAUAUCAUAAUAAUUGUGCAACAUAUCCAUCUAAAUAUUUCAUUUUUUAUGGGUCCAGUAUUUCCACUGCCUGUUUCAAAGAGUCAGGAUUGUGAUAGAUUUUAAAUGUGAAUGGAUACUGUUUAUAAUUUGUUUCAGUCACAUUUCAUAUUUGCAAUUCAUGUGUCCAUUUUUUCACAGUAUUAUUAGAAUAUAAAUUUCUAUAAGAAAACCUAGAAAUCCUGAUUUUUUUUUAAAUGUUUUGAAUUGAAGAAUCAUAUAAAGAUAUAGUAAAAGCCUUAUCAUUUUUGGUGCAUUUUUUGUAUUUUAUACAAUGAAAUAUUAGUUGUAACAACUGGUUGUCAUUUAGUGUGUUAUAUUUUUGAUGAAAUAUUUUAUUUAUAUGUUGACUUUGAUAUUAUAUAGUUGUAUUGUGCUAAAUAAUGAUAUAUCCAAUUCUGGUUCUGGAACUGACAAAAUAACUGUCAUAUCUCAAAGGUUUAUACAUAAAACCUGAAUUUAUUAACAAAUGAAAAGAUUUCCUUAUUUAUUUUAAGGCAAUAUACAUGAUGCAUAUGUAAAUGAGUAAUUUUUUGGAAUUUUGAUGAAAUUUUGAACUGCGUCUCAAUAUCAGAUAUGUAAUUCAAUUAAAUGAUUAAAUACUUGAUAAAGAUUUUAACAAAAUGUUUUGCUUUUCUCUUUUGAAAAUUGAGCAUAAUGCCAAUGUUUUUGAGUAUUGCAUAUGUUAUUGCGUCAUCCUGAUCUGUUUUUUUUGACAUUGUAAUGUGUAUUCUUCUAUGAAGUACAAUAGAGAUUUUGUAACCAUCUGGUAAAUGACUUUUGCAAGCUGUUAGUUAUUGUUUUUGUUAUAUAUUAUAUCUUUAUUAUAGUAAAGUGCCUUAACUGUACUGAUUUUGUUAUUCGAUCUUUUAUGUACAUUUUAUAAGUUUAUUUAUGGAAAUUAAAAAAGGGAGUGGGUUGAUAUUGAAAAAACUAUACUCAACCUGACUAAAUAUUUAUGUGCCUUUCCCCAGGAAUUUUAAUAGUGUGUGUCUUUAUAUGCGUCAUAACUUAAUGAUCUUUUGUCUCACUUAGCAACUGUCUGUCAUUGUAAAUAUUUGAUGAAAUAUUUCCUUUAUAACUACUGGGUCAAAUAUUAAAACCAAACUUUACCUAAAUGUUCCAUAAUGAAUCAUAUUUAAAAACUAUCUGAUGAUUUCAUGUAUUAUCAAACUUGGAUGAUGCUAUUAAAUAGAGAAUGUAUUGGGUAAAAUACAGAUUUUGGCUUAUAUCUCUAAAAUAGAAGUAGUUAGAGCAAAUCAGACAUUAGGGUUAAAAUGAUAAACUGAUCAAGGGUAUCUACAUGUAAAUUUUCAAAAAAAUAGAAAACCUAUUUUGAAGUGAUUGGCCCAGUAAUUCUAAUUUCCAGCAGAUUUCUGAGCAUUUGGCUUAGAUCACAAAACUUAAAUUUUGUUGUCAGUUCCCCUGUAAUGUUAUAUUUUUGGGAUAUUUUAAAACUAAUGACCAUAUCAAUAAAAUUUACAAAUAAGUCAAAACUGCAAUUUUUGUCAAUUGACAAAUUACGGGAGUUAUUGCCCUUGAGAGACAUUUUUAGGGCUGUUAUAAACUAGGUUAAUGCAAUUAUUUCAGCUUGCAAUUAUCAAUUAAAGCCUUAUAAGAACCUAUUAUUUGCAGAAACCAAAAUAGAUAGAAACUGUUAUUGCCAAAAAUGUUCACCCAAUAAGAUUUACAAACAAAACAACUUGGCCAAAAAGUACCAACAGUACCAACUUUACUGCAUUAGUUGUGUUUUCCAUAAUAAUGUCUCUUCAGCAGUGCUUGAUGCCAAAAUAUUUGAAAUCCAAAACCUAAUAUAAACAUUGGAGAUCUGAUCACACCACACCGUCAUCACUCAUAUGAUCGAAAACCAUUUCAUAGGACCUUAAUUGUUCAUUUGUUCAUUACUGUCAUAUUUCUUUUUCGCAAACUAUUUUGCUAUAAAUUAGACAGUUCCAUAUUUAUUAUGUCAGGGCCUUUUAUUGUUGGCUAAACAAUAUAGGUCUUUCUAAUUGUUGAAGGCUGUACACUACAAGUUGCCAAUAUUGCUUACAUUCACUUCAUUUGAACUUUAGCGGAUAAUUGCCUUGUUGGCAAUCAUACCACAUCUCCUUAUUUUGAAAUGAAAUGUAUUAUGUUAAUACCUGUAAUUUCAAAUGUUUUUAGUUGUCAUUUUAUGACGGGGAUUUUGCUAAUAAAUAUACAAAACUUU